AUGAGUGGUAUCAAAAUAGAUGUUGGAGCUGUGAUAUUCCAAGAGAUAGGGAUUCGGGAAACACAGACUGCUACUUCACUCCCGUUCCCUUCUUUAAUCACAACCCUAUGCAAAGCCGCGCAAGUUCCUGUAGAUGAGCGCAAAGACAAAACCGGAAAGGAAACACAGGUCAUUGAUAUCACCAGACUUAGUGAUGCUGUUAUCCCACCCGUGGUUCCAGUUCAGGAGCAGACUACUGAAGAGCCUUCUGACUCCCAGCCCACUGUAACCCCUCAGGUUACUGUGGCAGCAUCCUCCACCUCCGAGCCUGCUUCUAAAUCCACCACUGUCCAGCCGGCUACAGCCAUUCCUGCUGUCUCCAAGCUUGGUCUAUUGGCUCAGCAUGCCAAUGCCAAGGUAGACCAGCUUUUGAAGACUUUUCCAACUCUCAUCAAACAAGCCCUGACUCCGAUGCAAGCCUCAGUGACAGAACUUCAACAGCAACAGUCAAAGUAUGAGGAUCGGUUACAGCAACUUGAGUUGAGGGUGGAAAAGAUAGAGAGGGGGGAAAUUAGUGGAUUGCCUGGACUCAAGGAGGAGGUUGCUUCUAUGAAGACCGAGCUCCAAAAGAUGCAGAACUUGGAGUUCGAUCUGUCACCCCUCCUUCCCACUGAUGGUGACCAGGCUACAGGCACAGCACCCCCGGACUUAGGUCUUGAUUUCUCCGCACUGAUGACUGAUACUGCCCCUCCUCCAGCACAUAUUGAGAUCCCUUCUGGGGAGGAGUACGGAGGUUCUGGUAAGUCAGAGGAUGAGGAGGAAGAUGAGGGCGAGGAUGAGGAAAGUUCUGGAUAUUCAAGCGAUGACGGCCCUCAGGAUAAAGGAAAGCAGAUUGCGGAUGCUUCUGUCGAGGAUGUUAUUAUUGAGGAUGCUGCUAUGGAAGAAGUGGAGCAAGCAGAUACGCAGAGAGCGAUCCAGCAGUCUCUAGUAGACUUGACCCUGCCUACAGCUCCAUCAACUGCCCCACCAUCAGUGGGCGAGUCUAGCAGUUCACAGGCUCCAGCACCAGCCCCAGCUCCAGCUCCAACACCUGCUCUGAACCAGCCUGGGAGCACUCCUCCAUCAGUAGAGGUCACUCCUCAGACCGAGCCCUCAUCGGUCCCAGCUUCCACAUCCGAGGGUGACCCCUCCAGCACUCAGCCAGCUACCAACUCCCAUAGCACUUAG